AUGGAGCGCCGAGAGCGCCGCAGGGAGCGCCGAGAGCGCCGCAGGUGGCGCCUAGAGCGCCACAGGGAGCGCCGAGAGCGCCGCAGGGAGCGCCGAGAGCGCCGCAGGGAGCGCCGAGAGCGCCGCAGGGAGCGCCGAGAGCGCCACAGGGAGGCCGAGAGCGCCACAGACAGCGCCGCAGGGAGCGCCGCAAGGAGUGCCAAUAGCUCCGAGAGCGCCGCAGGGAGCGUCGAGAGCGCCGCAGGGAGCGUCGAGAGCGCCGCAGGGAGCGUCGAGAGCGCCACAGGGAGGGCCGAGAGCGUUACAGAGAGCGCCGCAGGGAGCGCAGAGAGCCUCCGAGAGCGCCGCAGGGAGCGUCGAGAGCGCCGCAGGGAGCACCGAGAGCGCCACAGGGAGCGCCGGGAGCGCCGCAGGGAGCGCCGAGGGCGCCGCAGGGAGCGCCGAAAGCGCCGCAGGGAGCGCCGAGAGCGCCACAGGGAGCACCGCAGGGAGCGCCGAGAGCGUUACAGAGAGCGCCGCAGGGAGCGCCGAGAGUGUUACAGAGAGCGCCACCGGGAGCGCCGAGAGCGUUACAGAGAGCGCCGCAGGGAGCGUCGAGAGCGUUACAGAGCGCCGCAAGGAGUGCCAAUAGCUCCGAGAGCGCCGCAGGGAGGGUCGAGAGCGCCGCAGGGAGCGUCGAGAGCGCCGCAGGGAGCACCGAGAGCGCCACAGGGAGCGUCGAGAGCGCCGCAGGGAGCGCCGAGGGCGCCACAGGGAGCGCCGCAGGGAGCGCCGAAAGCGCCGCAGGGAGCGCCGAGAGCGCCACAGGGAGCACCGCAGGGAGCGCCGAGAGCGUUACAGAGAGCGCCGCAGGGAGCGCCGAGAGCGUUACAGAGUGUUACAGAGAGCGCCACAGGGAGCGCCAAUACCGCCGAGAGCGCCACAGGGAACGCCGCAGGGAUCGCCGAGAGCGCCGGGGGGAGCGCCGCAGGGAGCGACGAGAGCGCCGCAGGGAGCGGAGGGAGAAAAGACUAUGAUCCUACAACAUCGUUCUUUUUUAAUUCAGUACCAUUACCCAUUCAAAUAUUAUUCUGA